AUGGAGUUGUCACAAGACUUGCCUAGUUCUAGCCAUUCAACUGGAUUAGGCAUCAGGGGAUCUCUUCGUGAAUUGUUCAUCAAACUAAUCGAAUACCUUGGCAUUGAAUGGGAAAUAAAAAGCUCACAAAGCCAGGCACAAGCACUAGAAUGGUUUCUAAUUGUGCAUAUGGGAAGUUACUACUAUUCUGGGUGGCCUCUUGCCACCAACGUGGCUCAGUGCAUCUCUGCACCAAACAGUGAUCAAUCAUCCCCUUUUUCAGUUCCAACAGCUCAAACACUCCCUCUUGCUUCUGACCCUGCCUCUCUUCAGUUUAGUGAGUUCCCUUUGUGGCCCGCAACCAUUGCAGAAGAUAGAGCUGCAAGUGCUUCAAAGAGUCACAGUCAAGCAGAGAAAAGGCGCAGGGACAGGAUCAAUGCACAGCUUGCAACUCUCAGAAAACUCAUUCCCAAGUCUGAUAAGAUGGACAAAGCAGCAUUACUAGGGAGUGUCGUAGACCAUGUGAAAGAUCUAAAGCGAAAAGCCAUAGAUGUGAGCAAAGCCAUCACUGUUCCAACUGAAACUGAUGAAGUAACAAUUGACUUCCACCAAGCUCAGGAUGAAAGCUACACAAAAGUGAAUAUAUUCAAGGAAAACAUCAUAAUCAAAGCUUCUGUUUGCUGUGAUGAUCGACCAGAAGUGUUCCCUGAGCUCAUCCAAGUCCUCAAAGGGUUGAGACUCACAGCAGUUAAGGCUGACAUAGCCAGUGUGGGUGGCAGAAUCAAAAGCAUAUUGGUUCUUUGCACAAAGGAUAGUGAAGAGAGUAGUGUUUGCCUUAGCACCCUCAAACAAUCACUUAAAUCAGCUGUGAACAAAAUUGCUUCCUUAUCUGUGGCAACUAAUUGUCCCACCAGAAGUAAGAGGCAGAGGUUCUUCUUGCCUUCUCAUUACGGACAAUCAUAA